AUGAGACUGCUGGAGGUGUACCACUCGCAUCGUGGGUCGUUGAACAGGCGCUUUGUGUUCAAGAACAUCACGUCUAUCCAGCUCGUUGAAGCCAACCCCUUCACCCGCGAAAUCACGCGGGUCGAAUAUACACCGACGGCAGCCCUUGACCUCCACAGAGGGAAGGUGCUUCGCAGGCCCGACGUCUGGCGCGGGGCGAAGGUUCUCAUGGACGAGCUCACGAGCCACCCGUAUUACGGGCUCGAGAUUGACGACAAGUGGCAAGGGGCGGGAGCUUGCGCGACUGCGUUCCUGUUGGUUAUCACUCCUCUUGCCAGCCUUGCCCUCGUCACGUAUGCCGCAUUGUGGAGAUACUGGUGGGAGUCUUCCUUGGUUGCGACCGUACCUUCGAUGCUUCCCUUAUCGGCUUCCUGA